CGAACUGCUUCAAUUGGAAACAUUAUAGGCCUUCAUUGUGCAUUGAUUUCCAAUUUCGAUGUCGGAUGGUAUACCGCGGGGAAACAUGGACGUGUGCAUCAGUACUGCUCUAAAGAUAUUGUUGGGCUACUCCGUGUUAGUCCUUUUAUAUUAUGUAUAUAUUAUGUAUUAUUAUUUCAUUGCAAAGUGAGCGGGAGGAAUUCUUUUGUGGGAUGAAUUUCUCGUCGGAUAAAUCCUUGGAGGAAUAAACUUGUGGAAUUCACCUGCCGAGAACGGGAUGGCCGAUGAAGAACAAACUGAAAAGGAGAAAGACGUCGAGAAAAGAGACUUUGAUGAUGAUGAAGCCUCAUCGUCGCGGGGUCCCGAAGGGGAUGAGUACCAGAAAGAGAAGAUACCCUAUCCGUAUGUUGCCAUCGGAUCAAUUUUCACGUUCACGAUAACGGAAGCGCUUUCUUAUAGGGUUUUAAGCACUGUGGUACACACCUAUCUUGUAACUGAACUGCAGCUGGGGCCUGGAUUUGUGACGAGGUUCUUGAAAUUGAGAUUACAGUUCCUCAUGAUUCUGAGUUUCGUUUGGGCGUAUAUUUCGGAGUCUUGGACUGGACGAUACCCAAUUCUAGCCUAUACUGCGUUGCAAAUAUUCGGAAUUUUCGGAGCCGCCGAGUCUUCUUGCAUAACUCCGUUUUCGGCCGAGCAGUUCAAGUUGCCGGAGCAGGAAGUCGAGAAAGACAACUACUUUUACUGGAAUUACUCUGUUAUGAACGUCGCUAUGUUCGCUAUGUCGAUUGUGGCCCCGAUGAUGAGGAAUAUGCCUUGUUUUGGGAGAGAAGACUGUUAUGCUUUCGCACUGGGCUUUGCUGGUGUGACUGCCGCCAUUGUUCUUGUAAUUUUCAUCGCCGCGUCGCCGUGGUUCCACAAGGCACCGCCUGCAGGGAAUGUUACGGGAAGAGCCCUUUCGUGCCUUUUUUUCGGCGUAAAGAAUUGUCUAACGCACCGGAGGAACCCGGAGUAUUCCCAUUGGAUGGACUAUGCACAAGACAGCGGGCAUUCGAAGGAGAUGGUCGAUGUCAUAAAACAUUUGCUGAAUGUCAUGGUCCUCUUGCUACCCUUGUCAGUCUACGAGUCGAUUUAUAGUUUGCACAUGACAAGGUGGCUGGAUUUGCAAUACAGGAUGAAUGGAUAUUUCCCGCUCUUCGACUAUGCUUUCAAGGCAGACGAGUUGCAGUGGUACAACCCGUUGCUGACGUUUGCCAUGGUUCCCACUGCGAUCAAAAUCAUUUUUCCUUGGAUGCGUAGAAAAAGGAUCCUUCCCAGAUAUCUCCACAAGGUCAUUUUUGGGUUCGUGUUGAUGAUUAUAACAUACCUUUUCGUCGACGUCAUCGCUUACUUGGUAGAAACUCGGAAUCCAAUGCCGAGGUUGUCUUCGUCGCAGAGCGCUGUUCAGCUCCUGGGAGGAAUCGAAGGCCAGUCUGUGGAUGUGUACCUCACUGGGCCAGGUGUGCCGGCGCUGAAGAAGACCGUGCCUCCAGGUGGAAUGGCCACCUGGGACACCCUGGAACACGGCAAGACGUACGUUCUCUCCAGUCAGCCGUCUGGCGUCCCCGCGCUCGCCUCUGUGACGGCGGACGGAGGAUCUGCUUUCACUGGAAUUGUCUGGGGAUCUGCGGCUGCUGCGCCGUCCGUCAAGAUGUUUCCCGAACCGGAUGCGUAUGGCGUCAACUUGACGAACCGCCCAAUGAUCAGGGCAGUGGCACUGUCUCCUGACGCCGGGAAAAAGGUUGAGCUCUCUCGGAAAGACAAGGAAGUUAAGGUCUUGAAGCUUCCUGCUGGUGGAGUUGGGGCGAGCGAGUAUUUGCAAAAGAUUCCUGUUGGCACGUAUGAGAUUAAGGUGGAUGGAAAACCAGCCGGGAAAGAAUGGUUCGAUGCAGGAGGCGUCUACUUGAUUUUACUGUCUGGGGGUGAUGAGCCAGCCCGAGUGACGACUCAGGUGAAACCUGCGGAAGUUCAUUUGCUCUGGAUGCUUAUACCGUUGUUCAUAUUGACCGUUUCGGAGGUCCUGACUUUUCCAACCAUUACAAUAUUCUAUAUUAAUGAGGUACCGGCAAACAUGAUGGGUGUGUCUUUAUCUCUCAUUAGUCAAAGCAACCAUCCAAUGAAUUUUCUUUCUGCGGCCGUGACUGACACUUUUAUUCCGUAUCUGUGGCAAGAAUUCCUGUUUUACACCAUCCUGUUGACAUUGGACACGAUCCUGCUGGGCUUUCUGUCCAAGUGGUACUUGGCGAAAGAGACUGCUGCGGAGAACGCUGCGGCGUCUCGUGAUGAACCGAAAGACUCGGAAGAACGUGGAUCGUUGACUAGAGCUAGCAGACUGACGGGAUUUGAUACCUCGUUGCGAUCCAGGCCUUCUUACAGGAAGUCCAUUGCUGCGCACGAGGCCAGCAAGCAACUGAUAAAUGUCGACGAAGGCCCUUCCUCGGCCGUCCCCAAGACGGCGUAAUACUGUAUAGUGCUUCGAAUAAUUAAGUCGGCUCAUUUCGAAUAAGUCGUCUGCUGUCU